CUGUGCGGCGAGAUGAGCAGCGGUUCGCCACCGCUCGGGCUGGCCAGCUUGGUGGAGUUUGGCGGCGGCCAUUCAUUCUUCUGCGGUCCGCCGGAGGACGUGGAACAACAACAAAAAAAAAAAAACAGAGCUAAAGACAGCACAGUCAAAGGAAAGCAAAAAGUCCAACCGAGUCUCAUCUCACGCCUGAAAAAGAGAGAAAAUCAUCCAGCGAGUCCGAAAACGGGAGUCGUCUAUCGCGUGGGUGUUCUAAAAAGCUUCCUUCAGCAUCUUUCAAGCUAACGUGAAAGUGUUGUCAGCCGUGACAAAGCGUGUUGGUGUCGGGUGUCGGGCAGUGAAGCAAAAAACAAAACAAAAAAAAACUGGUCCACGCCUGGAAACUGUACGAAGAAAAAGGAGAGCAGAAAGUUGACAACUGUUGACUAACGCGACCCCCGUCGUCGUCGUCGUCAUCGCUUGGGCUUGGCGAUCGUCUCCUGCAUCUCGAGGUUCCACUUGAGAGGUGUGUCCCACGGGGGGGCUGGCGACCAAGGGGGAGGGGACGCCGCCUUAAAACGAUGUAGAGGCGGAAACCGGUGCCAAAAGUGCCAGGAGGAGCCCAGCGGGUCUGACGGCGCUCGGAAGGUAAAGGGGGGGACGCUCGGGGCGGGGAGUCCAGCGUUGACCUGGGAAAACCGUCGGCUGUCGGUGUUGAGAAGCAGACCGAAGGGAUCCUGGUCUUAAGAAGGGCCCACAACAGGAAACGGGGGCAAAAAAAAUAGCAAAGGGGCUAAAUCAAGGACCGGAAGGAUUAAAAGGACCGCAAAGAACCAGAGGAACACGAAAGACUGGAAAACGGGACUAUAAGAAGGACUGAAAGACAGACUACAAGAAGCAGUGAAGGAAUGAAUCAGCUUGAGUGAACGAGUCCUUAAAGAAGGCCCGAUCAAGGACUUGGAAAGGCUUAUAAAUGAACUGAAAGGAGAACUAAGACCGGGACUUGAAGGAAGUGGGAAGAACUGAAAGAAAGACUCUCAGGACUUAGAGAAGGAAUAAAAGAAGGCCCGACUAAAGAACUUCAUGAAGGUCUGAAACGAGAACGUGAGGAGCAACGAAAACAAGGACUCAAACAAGGUCUUCAAUGACCCUGAACUGAAGUAAGAACUUAAAGGCUUUCCGGAAGGACUGAAAGACUACAAGAGGUCCUGAAACAAGGACUGAGGGAUUCAGAGGAGCAGCGAAAGGAUCUGAAGUGAGCCCGGACCAUGUGCCACGUGAUCGUGACGUGUCGCUCCAUGCUGUGGACGCUGCUGAGCAUCGUGGCCGCCUUCGGCGAGCUCAUCGCCUUCAUGAGCAGCGACUGGCUGGUGGGCUUCCCGCGGACGCCAGACCACCACCGCCACGGCUCCUCCUCGGGGGCGGCGGCGGCGGCGGCUGCCGGCGAGGCCUACCGCCCCACGCUGGGCAUCUACGGCCGCUGCGUCAAGCUGCCGCACCUCCAGCGCGGCGUCCUGUGCGGGCCCUACGCCGUCCACUUCGGGGAGAUCGCCAGCGGGUUCUGGCAGGCCACGUCCAUCUUCCUGGCGGCCGGGAUCCUGCUGCUGUGCGCCGUGGCCUUCAUCUCCGUCUUCACCAUGUGCUUCCAGAGCAUCAUGAAGAAGAGCAUCUUCAACGUCUGCGGGCUGCUGCAAGGCAUCGCCGGCCUCUUCCUGAUCCUGGGCCUGAUGCUGUACCCGGCCGGCUGGGGCUCGGACAAGGCCCGCCUGUACUGCGGCGCGGAGGCGGCGCCGUACCGGCCCGGCCUGUGCUCCAUGGGCUGGGCCUUCUACACGGCCGCCGGCGGGACGGCGCUCACCUUCCUGUGCGCCGUCUUCUCGGCGCAGGCGGAGAUCGCCACGUCCAGCGACAAAGUGCAGGAGGAGAUCGAGGAGGGCAAGAGCCUCAUCUGCCUCCUCUGAACGCCGCCACCGGAGACUCGGCGCUGUAAAUACGUGUACAUAGAUUCCGCGUUCCGUUGUCCGAUCAGGGGGUUACGCCACUCCAGACUAAUAAAAAGUCCACUCGCCGUUGGGAUAUUGA